AUGAAUUAUAUUCCUGGAUACCAAGAAUACGAGCUCCCUACAGCGCUCGACACUUUUAUUCCUCGCUUAGUGAUGCCACCUGAAGCGGAUCCCAGCCUACAGCCACCUGGGGCUUACCAAAUAGUCAACCUCGACCCCACACUCUCUCCCAACGCCACUAUCUCGACGCCAUCCAGCCCACAUUCACAGCAUGGCCAGCGCGUAGUAACAUGUUCAUUAGACACGAAAAUCCAGAAACAUAAAUCACAGACUGCUAAAGGACGCAUGCAAAACCGCGAAGCGCAGCGCCGUUUUCGGGGACGCAAAGAAGAGCUCCAGCAAAAGCUCCAACGACAGGCUACUGAGCUCGAAGCACAGUGCCAAGAGCUCUCAAAGGGGUUCUGCCAGAAAUCGGAAGAGGUUUCUGAGAUCAUCAAGGAGAAGGAGGCCCUUACUAGCGAAAUACAAGAUUUACGCAAGAGGUGGCGCGUUAUGUUAAUGCUACUACAACUGCCAGACAGGCUACAGUCACUGUCAAGCUUACUGGGGAAUGAUUUGUCUUCACCCUCGGGUUCAUCUCCUUCCUCUUCAUCCUCGCCAUCUACGACAAAGUCUGAGCCGUUGGAUGUGCCACUGGACGAAUUGUUGGGGUGUCUGCAAGAGUUGUUGUUACCAACCUUAUGA